AUGUACAACAUCUUUCAGCGGCUCAGCAGCAUAACGUCGUUCGCAAUGUCGACGCUGAUGGUGUUGGCGGUGCUGAUUUCGCUGACGACGCCGUUCAUUCCGUCGUCGCCGACGCACAGCGUGACGCUGCAUUCGGUGCAGAACGCCAAGGGCCGCGUGGUGGACCAGUUUGACCGGACAGCGCGCAAGUCGGAGUUUGCGCGGCUGACGUUUGACCUUGAUGCGGACCUGUCGUCGAUGUUCAACUGGAACACGAAGCUGCUGUUUGCGUAUAUCACGGCGGACUUUGAGAGCGCCGAUUACUCGACGAACCGCGUGGUGGUGUGGGACAGGAUCAUCCGGAACACGCGGCAGGCGAAGCUGCGGCUGCGGAAGCACCACAACAAGUACACGCUGAGAAACAUGAAGCAGACGUUCGAGGGCGUGGAGGGAGCGAACCUGACGCUGCACAUUAACCCGGUGCCGUACCUUGGCAUUAUGUAUGACAAGGAGGUUGUGAGCAUCCCAUUCAGUAUCCCGCGCCCGGUGGUCAAGGACAGCGCCAAGGAGAAGGCAAAGACAAAGAGGGGCAAGAAGGUCUGA